AUGAGGAGAUUGUUUGCGAUUGCGUCGACGGCGAAGAGAUUUGUUCGCCGGAAUCUUCAGGGGAAAGGUAAUCCUAGAACCGCUCCUUCUACCUUUGAUCUUUGCUGGGGACGAAGAGAUUUUUCUGGUCAUAGUUAUGAUUAUAGAGAGAAAUUGAGAAAUGGGCUGAGUGAUAUUAAAUUAGACGAUGCUGUUGAUCUGUUCAGUGAGAUGGUCAAGUCUCGUCCCUUUCCUUCAAUCAUUGAGUUCAGUAAACUGUUGAGUGGAAUUGCUAAGAUGAACAAGUUAGAUGCUGUCAUCUCUAUGGGCGAGCAGAUGCAAAAAGCUGGGGAUUUCACACAGAUUUCUGAUGUCGUAGCUUUGGUUGAUCAAAUUGUGGAACUGGGAUAUCAUCAACCUAAUACUGUUACAUUUAACACUCUUAUCCAUGGCCUUUUUCUUCACAACAAAGCUUCAGAAGCAGUGGCUUUAGUUGACCGGAUGGCUGAGAAAGGAUGUCUACCAAAUCUGGUUACUUAUGGUACGGUAGUAAAUGGAUUAUGUAAGAGAGGUGAUAUUGAUUUGGCUUUACAUCUUCUCAAGAACAUGGAACAAGGAAAGAUAGAGGCUGAUGUUGUAAUCUACAACACAGUCAUCGAUGGUCUCUGCAAAUACAAACAUGUGAAUGAUGCACUCAACCUGUUCAACAAAAUGGAAAGCAAAGGAGUUAGAGCCACUGUUGUUACCUACAGCUCCCUCAUAAGUUGCCUUUCUAAUUACGGAAAAUCGAGUGAUGCCUCUCGACUCCUGAGUGAUAUGAUUGAAAAGAAAAUCAACCUUAAUGUAGUCACUUUCAGCGCAUUGAUAGAUGCGUUUGGGAAAGACGGGGAAACUUUUAGAGGCUGA